AUGAGUUUUUCCGACGACGAAGACUUUAACGAUAUCUACGGCGAUGACUCCAAGGACGUGUCCAAUACCACAUCUACAACAGCUGCCACCACGGCAGCUGCAGAGCCCACUACAAAACCGGAAUUAGCUAAGGAGUCCGGCUCGGCUUCUAACUCCGCAGAAACCGCUACCGGCGAUGGCUCGGCAGCAGGUACGACCGCAGCCCCGGUUUCAUCCGGCACUUCUUCUCUGGACCAAUUGGCGGCCCUUCAGGCUCUUUCUUCCAACUUGAACCAACUCCAACAAGCUGCCAACGGCGGAGCUGCCUCCGCUGAGGCUCCACAGCAGCCAGCACAGGGUCAGCCAGCAACUCAAGCUCAAGACCAAUCUAAUGACACGACAUCUUUGACUCCAACCGGCUCUUCUGCACCUGCUGUUCCUAGCAUGCCUAGCAUGCCAGGUAUGCCAGGAAUGCCAACCAUGCCUGGAAUGCCAAACAUGCAACAAUGGCAACAGUUGCAACAGCUUCAACAGAACAUGCCUCAGUUUCAACAAGCUGCUUCUCAAGCUGCCAUUCAGGAAAAGACCAAUAAAGCAGAUCUGUCGCGAGACAUUUGCAAAAUGUUCAUUGGUGGCUUGAACUGGGAAACUACAGAAGACAAUUUGAAAGAUUAUUUCUCCAAGUACGGUGUGGUCACAGACCUCAAGAUCAUGAGAGACAACGCAACAGGCAGAUCCAGAGGUUUUGGAUUUUUGACCUUUGCAGAAGCUUCAAGUGUAGAUGAAGUUGUAAAGACCCAGCAUAUUCUUGACGGUAAAGUUAUCGAUCCUAAGAGGGCCAUUCCCCGCGAAGAGCAAGACAAGACGGGUAAGAUUUUUGUAGGUGGUAUUGGUCCUGAUGUCAGACCUAAGGAAUUCGAAGAGUUUUUCUCUCAAUGGGGAACUAUCAUAGAUGCGCAGUUAAUGUUGGAUAAAGAUACUGGUAGAUCUAGAGGUUUUGGAUUUAUCACUUAUGACACUCCAGACGCUGUCGACCGCGUUUGUGAGAACAAGUUUAUCGAGUUUAAAGGUAAGAGAAUAGAAAUUAAAAGAGCAGAACCAAGGCAUUUACAAAAGCAGAUGCAACAACAAAAAACGCAGACUUUUGGCGGCUCAUCUCAGUUUAAUAUGUUUCAAAAUCCAAUGAUGGGAAGUUUCAAUCCUAUGUUCAACCCCCAAGCUAUGGCAGAAUAUUAUAAUAAAAUGCAAGAAUACUACGCUCAAAUGCAGCAGCAAACUGGCGUCGAUUAUAGUCAAAUGUAUCAACAGCAAAUGCAGCAAAUGCAACAGAUGAUGGGUGGUAUGAUGCCUGGAAUGGGUGCCAUGCCAAGUAUGCCAUCUGGUCAAUCAGAAACGCCUACUCAAGAAUCUUCAGAUGUUCCUACGAUUGGAUCUGAAGAGCGAGUGGACGACGGAGACUCCAAUGGUGAUAGAGAUCUGGACAGAAGAGCAGUAUCUCCUCCAAUCAAUGCUCCAAGAGGUCCUCGCAUGGGUGGCUCCCGUGUAGACAAUCGUGACGGUGGUCGUGAAUUCAACCGCGAUAGUAAUCGUGAUUAUGGUCGUGACAACAGUCGUGAUAGUCGCGACAAUCGCGACGGCAAUCGUGAUGGAAGUCGCGGAAACUUUCGGUCGGGAUUCCGUGGCCGGGGCCGUGGCGGAUAUCGUGGUGGACGCAGUGGCUACUCUAGAAGAAAUAACAACGGGUACCAUCCAUAUUCCACUUAA